AAUGUAAUGAGGUCACAAUCUGCCUAGGAACUGUCAUUACUGCAAGACCAGCCUUUGAUCUUACAAUCCAGUCCCCUAAGCGUUGUCACCCCAUUUCUGGUUCCUCUGGUCACAGCACAAAUUUCCAGCUGGAAGGGGAAUGGAGACUAUGGGACCCAGGAGCAAGAGGUUUCAGGCUGCCUUACUCCCUUCACAUAGACACUGACAAUGGGGAAAGCCUACACUUCCCCCUUAAAAGAAUAUUGGCAGAGAAACAACCCUGGUGUUCCAGCAGGAGCAAAGAGGAACAGGAAACAAAUGGCAGUAGCCCUGAGACAGCCACUUCUGGUGGUUGCCACUCACCUGGGAAUGGAGUCUUGGCUGGCCAGACUUCUGGGGACAGGGGGCCCAAGGGGCAGUACAGGUCAGCAAGAGGUAUCCACGGGGAGGGCCCUACAUCAUCUGCUUCCCUGAAGGAUCUGGAGGAAAAGAAAUCAAACAAUGAGAAACAAAGCCAAAAGGGAGCUAGAGGUUCAAAUCCAGAGAUUGAACACACAGAAAGGGAAACUAAAUACAGACCCAUAUCACAUGAAACGUUCUCUCAGAUACUAUGAAGAUGAGUCCAAGGAUGUGGCCGGCCGCCUGCAACAUUCAUUGCAGCGUAUAGCAGAGUUAGAGCAGGCUCUCUGUGUCACCACCACACAGGAGAAGAAGGAGAUCAGUUUCUCGAGCCUCAGUAAAGCACUUAUUGAGUGGCAGUUAGAGCAGUCCAUACAGGAGAAGGCAUGGUUGAAAGCACACCUGACAUGGUUGAAGGAGUCGCUUAAACAAGUCCAGCUAGAGAGAGAUGAAUAUGCUCAACAUAUAAAAGGAGAGCAGUGGCAGCAGAGGAUGAGGAAAAUGUCACAGGAGGUUUGCACAUUGAAGAAGGAGAAGAAGUAUGAUACAUGUCCGGUAGAGAAGCGGGAGAGGAGCUUGUCCAAACUCAAAAACCAGUCAGCUGAACCCCUGCUCCCAGAUCCCCCAGCAGUGCCCUCCGAGGUGGAGCUGCAGAACCUCAGGAAGCAACUGGAGAGAAUGGCAGGAGAACUCCAAGCCCAGUUGGAAAACAAUCAGUGCAUGAGUGUCCUGAACUGGUGGCAAAAAGAGAGGUUUCAGGAGCAGGAGAAGAGGCUUCAGCAGCUGGCCGAGCCACAGAGUGGCUUCGAGGAGCUGAACAAUGAGAACAAGAGCGCACUGCAGUUGGAGCAGCAGGUAAAGGAGCUGCAGGACAAGCUGGGUGAGGUGAAGGAAACGGUAACCUCUGCCCAACAGGAGCCAGACGCAGUGAUCCCAGCCCCAGUGACUGGAGGCGAGUCUAGCGGCUUUAUGGACCUCCUGGAGGAGAAGACGGACCUGAGUGAGCUGGGGGAGAAACAAGAACUUUGAUUCAUCCAGUACUGGAAAGACAGACGCCAUCAGAAAGUUCAUCACCUUAUAAUAGAGCCAGGGGGUAGUGCCAAAGAUGCGGCACGGGGAGGAGGACUUCAUCAGGCUGGCCCAGGACAGCAAGGAGAUGAAGGUGAAGCUGCUGGAGCUGCAGGAGAUGAUGCUGUGGCUUGUGGUGACUACAACAAGGAGCACAGCAAAUUCCUGGCCAGUGCCCAGAACCCUGCUGAUGAGCCCAGUCCAGGAGCCCCAGCCCCCCAGGAGCUUGGGGCUGCCAACAAGCAUGGUGAUCUUUGUGAGGUGAGCCUCACCGACAGCGUGGAGCCUGCGCAAGGAGAGGCCAGGGACGGUUCUCCCCAUGGCAACCGUACUUCACAGCCAAUCGUGCAGGACCACCAGGAGCACCCAGGCUUGGGCUUUUGCUGGACUUGGCUGCUGAGAAGAAGGAGAUAAACAUCACCAUCAUCAGAGCUGGUCAAGAAAUUUUACAAAAGGAAACAAAGUUAUGGGGUUAAUUCCCUAUACCAUUCAUUUACUUCAUUUGAAUGUUAGAGACACUCAUGAUUAUUUGUGUUUCUAAUUUAUAGUUUAAGUUUAUUUGUAAAAAGUUAAAGGAGAGUGGGUCUCAGUGGCUUUCACUGAUGUUCACUCUGGCAUCCUUUAGCAUUUUUCUUUUUUAAUUUCAUAAUUUUAGGUCAUUAGCAUGCAUAUCGAGUUUGCCCUUACAUGGUGGGAGGUCAAACACACAAAGACCCACUGUUUGCACAAAACUAUUGUUGCUGGUUUGGAAUAGCCUGCCAUGCUUUUUUAAUGUUAUUGCAGCACGUAUAUUCAUUACAGAAUUUAAUUUGCUUAUGUUCUGCUAUUGUUUGACCUACUCUUAGUCACAGUGAGCCCUUCAUUAGCUCAAUAUGUGGUUUGCCCUCAAGUGUGCACUGUUUAUUACUUUGUAAUAUGCCACUGUGAGUACUGACAUAGAGUUGUUUAAAGGCCGAGAACUGGAAACAGCCUUUCCCCCAUUUUCUGUGUAUUGAUGAUGGGAGUAAUAACAUUUUGGGGGAGCUUUUUAAAUCUCACAGAAGAGGAAAGUGGCCUGCUCUGGCAGGUGUGUGCAGGAUAGAGUGCGUUUCAUUUGUUCCGGUACCAAGAAUGAGCGCUGUACUAUGGUAGUUCCCUCAGGAUUUGUAUGUGCUCUGGGCUCAUGAAGAUGUUGCACCAUGAGCUGCAGCAGUUGUACUCUUUCUUGAUGACCUAAAAAGGGAUUAUUUCUGAGGAAUGAAAGGCUCCCAUCAUUGACUGUGGAUGUGGAAAACCUUUCCUAGCUUAGAGCAUUUGUAUCUACAUUUAAAAGAGUUCAUGUUACCUGUUUUAAUCACAUGACUACAUGUCCCAGUACACAAAAGGGCAUUGGUUGGCAUUCUUCUUAAUGUAUUUAGUAAAGAUCAUAAGAAAUCCUCUGAGAGUUUUAAUGUCCCUGGAACAGGUAUACAGACUCUAGUCAAGGAUGAAUUAGAGUGAAGGAAAGCUGUGUGACACCUGGCAUUCCUCUCUGUUCAUGGAGCGUCUUUGAGGCUUGAAGAUUGAUUUUACCAUCUAGAUCUCUCUGGCUAAUACUUAUUCUUCAACCACCUUGGUUACUCUGACAUAGGAAUUUACUUCUUUUCCUUUAGUGGAAAACAUUUUAAAAAAUAAUAACAAACAUUAUUAUAAACUAAUAUGUGUGAGAGUACUUAGUUAAAACAAAAAGAAGUUUUAAUAGACAGUAUUAUACUAUCUUUGAAAGUCAAGGAGAAGUUUAUGCAACUUAAAAUGUUUACAAACUGCAGUGCAAUCUACUGUUUGUGAAUGUCAAUGUAUUAUCAGGAAACAUGUCUAUACAAUCACAGAGUUAUAUUUCCUCACAAACUUCUUUAGGAAGGGUGAACUAUGUCCUGUUCUUGACUUUUAUUUUCUGAACUUGCCACUUUUGCCUUCUUUGAGUUCAGUUUAAAGACAGUUACUUUAAGUCCAUUUUAAACCCUCGGACUGGAAUUGUAUCACUGUUAAUUAGCCAUAUUAUUUGGUCUAAUGUUUUUUCUUUAUCAUUCUGAAACUGGCUUUAUCCAAUACAUUGAUAAAUUAUUUCAAAGGUACUUUUAUCAUUGAAAUCACUUCACUUUUACCCUGAUAAAUAUCAAUGACUAGGAAUGACCUUCAGAUAGCAUUUAGCAUCUGUAACCAAUCUGACAAUAAUGUGUUCAUCAGCUGCCUAUGGAUUAAAUCACAUACUGGCAUAUUUAAGCUGAAUGUCAGUCUGGAAAAUAAAUUUACCAUAUUAACUGAAAUAUCACUCUUUGUGUAGGCAUUUGUCGUAUAUUUAAGAGAAAGCUAAAAGCAAUGGAAAUUGUAUGACAAUAACUUAAGUCUUUCUUCAAAGUGCAUGCAGUCUUUUGUGAUACCUCAUUCAGCCAAGUAUUUGUGCUCUACCUCAUUCAGUAUAAGGUCACUUUUGAUUUGCUUAGAAGGCAACAUUGGAAGGUUAGAGUUUAUCAGAAACAUAGAAUUUUUAAAUGUGAGUUCAACAGAAUAAAUUUGAAUUUCUGUAGGAAGAAUCAAAACACCUAUUUGAAGAUUGCAAUAUAUAAUAAUUAUUUUUAAAGUAUUUGAUUAAACCUGCGAGGUUUUCCAGAAAUGGAAAAAAAAAUAGUUCUAAAAGCAAAGAUGAUUUUUAGAAAAUUUGAAAAUGUAAAUCAGCCCUAUCCAUAAUAUAGUUUCUCUAAAACUUUAUCUUAGUCAUUUAAAAAUAUAUAACUAUUUAAAAAGUAACUGCUAUCUUAACGUUCUGAAAUAAGUUGAAACAUUUUAAAAUAUGAAUGCUGUAAUUUAAAAGAAAUGGUGGGAAGGAAAAGUAGAGAAAGAAGUGCCAAUUCCAGUCCAAAGCUUUAGUUGCCAAGUUUUCUUAGAAUAAAUUUUACCAAUUUAUGAAUUAUUGUAAACAGAAUGUAUAAUGGAAAUACUGAAAAACUUUUGCCUAAAGUGGCAUUAUUGACUGCUGGUGUGAUGCUACUGUAAUGUAAUAAGCUAUUAAAUUGUUGCAAAGUGCUGUUUUUGCCUAAAAAUUUUAUUUUGUGUGUCUUGAAAACUAUAGUAUUAAACGUAUUGAUAUUGAGCAAA